AUGUCCUUCGCUCGUCUCGCUUUCCGCAACGUCGCCCUCGCCCGCCCCAGCAUUGCUCUCCGGGCGCGCCAGACCAUCCCUUCCUUCCGCGCGUACUCUGCGACUGCUGGCCUUUCGAGGGAUGACAUUCAGACGCGUAUUCUCGAUGUUAUGAAGGGCUUUGAGAAAGUCGACCCGGCCAAGCUUUCAACCGCCUCUUCGUUCUCGGAAGACCUGGGGUUGGACAGCUUGGACGCCGUUGAAGUAGUCAUGGCAGUUGAGGAGGAAUUUGCUAUCGAGAUCCCUGACGCAGAGGCUGAUGAAAUCAAGACCGUUGAGCAGGCAAUUGACUAUAUAGCCAAGACGCCCGAAGCUCACUGAUGGACCAUACUGCCGGUCGCGUUCUCAACCAUGUAUUCCUCAACUAUUUGUUUUAGACACGCUAGAGUCUCGUGCUCAGUAACACAGGACUUUCAUCUAAUGCUUAAUUCACCUUUGUUGGUCCAUGAGGCCGAGGCUCUGGGUGCACC